AAAAGGGAGCUCAGGUACCUUCCAGAGAGUGAGACCCAGCGCCCUUGUCUCGCACCCCGUAGGCUUUCAUCCCCGCCAUGGCGGAGCUGAUCCAGAAGAAGCUGCAGGGAGAAGUGGAGAAAUAUCAACAGCUACAGAAGGACUUAAGUAAAUCCAUGUCGGGGAGGCAGAAACUUGAAGCACAACUAACAGAAAAUAAUAUCGUGAAAGAGGAACUGGCCCUGCUGGAUGGGUCCAACGUGGUCUUUAAACUUCUGGGUCCGGUACUAGUCAAACAGGAGCUGGGGGAGGCUCGGGCCACAGUAGGGAAGAGGCUGGACUAUAUCACAGCUGAAAUUAAGCGAUACGAAUCCCAGCUCCGGGAUCUUGAGCGGCAGUCAGAGCAACAGAGGGAGACCCUUGCUCAGCUGCAGCAGGAGUUCCAGCGGGCCCAGGCAGCAAAGGCAGGGGCUCCUGACAAGGCCUGACCCCAUGGUCGGGGGUGGGGAGGGGAGGGGAGGGGAGGGAAUGAGGCAGCUCUAGGAUCUAUACUGUAGCUAAUAAAAUGUAAAAACACCU